AUGUCCUCCACAAGUGUUGCGUUUUGUAUAUCGCAAGAUUUAGAUAUUCCACUAAGGAUUAAAAUAAUAUCUCUAGAUGGCCACCGAAAAUUAGUGAGGGUUUCAGAACGUUUACUUGACCCUAAACUAUCUUUAUUGGAGUCCAAUGUAGGUAGUAUGAGCAACCUGAUUGUAUCGGUGGAGGUUUUCGAUAGCGAGCGUGGCAGGAAUAUGACCAUACCAGUGUUUACCCCAUAUAUACCUUUCAAAACUUCAAGACUGUGGGAACACUGGUUAACGCUCCCAAUUACUAUAAAAGAUUUGAAUUUAAAUAGUACUCUAAGAAUCGUAUUGUGGGAAUAUAAUGGAGUGAAACGUAUACCUUUUUGCAAUUUAGAGACCAACAUAUUCCAAAAGAGCGACUGCUCACUGAAAAGAGGAUUUGAAUCGUUGAAGUUUGAAUAUAAGAAGAAUGAUAAGCAAUAUUUUAAUGAGGUUACAAUAGAAGAAAGUGAGAUACAGAAAAAUUUAAAUAAAUUUUAUCAAGGUGAGGUUAAAAAAAUUCAUUGGUUGGAUCAGAUAAGCCUGAAGAAACUAAAAUUGGAAGAAAAAUAUGUAUCAUUCCCACAAGAUACGUUUCUAUUGAAUAUUGAAUAUCCAUUUUUUGAAUUACCAAUUGUGUUUACAGAAAAAAUUGCUAGAGAUACCCAACGGAAUAUUCCUACUUUACACAAUUUUGAGACCACUAAUGAUCCCUUAAACAACCAAAAUAUAAUAACCGACACAAAGAUAAGUUUAGGGUCACCAAGUAAUUCUACUCUGAAAUUUUAUGACCCUGAUCAGUAUAAUUCAGAUCCUAUUGAAGAAAAAUAUAGGCGACUGGAAAGAGCAUCCAAGAACUCUGAUUUAGAUAAGCACUUGAAACCAGAUACAAACAAAAGGAAACAACUGAACCAAAUAAUUCAAUAUCCACCUGGUACUAAACUUACUGGCCACGAAAAGGGGUCUGUAUGGAGAUACAGAUAUUAUUUAAUUAAUAAUAAGAAAGCUCUAACAAAACUUCUACAGAGUACAAAUUUCAAUGAAGAAAACGAACGAACAGAGGUCCUAGAGUUGAUGAAUUCAUGGGCAGAAAUUGAUAUUGAUGAUGCAAUCGAAUUACUUAGUCCCUCGUUUACUGAUCUAUGGGUUCGUUCAUAUGCUGUAAAUAGAUUGAAAAAAGCAUCUGACAAGGAGUUAGAACUAUAUUUAUUACAAUUGGUUCAGGCCGUGUGUUUUGAGAACAAAUCAACACCAUUCAACAAUUCAGACUAUAGCGAGUAUCAGAUCAUCAAUAACUCCGUAGUUGCAAGCUCUCGUUUAACACAGAAACACCAAAAACUUUUAACAUCUAUCAAUGGAAUGGAUGACGAUAUAUCCGAGAUAGAUGAGGGAAUCAUUGUCAUAUCCCCACUUUCAGAAUUUCUCAUAAGAAGAGCAUUGAAAAAUAUUAGAUUAGGAACAUUCUUUUAUUGGUAUAUAUUUACCGAAUGUAAGGACAAACCUUAUUUGAAACAGAUUUUAGAAUCAUUUCAUAGUAGAUUAUCUGAUAAUAGUCUUCAGAUUUUGAAGAACCAAAUAGAAUUAAUCAAAUUACUGGGGAAAUGCUGUACUGAUAUUAAAAAAUUAAAGGAAACAACUGAGAAAAAAUCAGAGUUUUUAAAUCAGUUGCUAACGACCAAAUUCAGACAUUGGUUGAAAAAAAGAGGCCCCAUAGUAUUACCGCUCGAUCCUUCUGUACAGAUCAUUGAAGUAGUUCCUGAAUUAUCAAAAGUGUUCAAAAGUUCUUUAUCGCCAUUAAUGAUUACAUUCAAGACAACUGAUAACGAUGAUUAUUCGUUGAUGUACAAAGUUGGUGAUGAUUUAAGACAAGACCAACUUGUCAUACAAAUCAUCAGAUUAAUGGAUGAGUUGCUGAAGAAUGAGAACGUUGAUCUGAAGCUAUCUCCUUAUAAGAUUCUAGCUACGGGACCUGAUGAAGGUUCUAUCCAAUUUAUACCAAAUGAGACUAUGACAAACAUUUUAAGUAAAUACCAUGGUAUUCUCGGAUUCUUAAGGAGACAUCAUCCAUCUGAAACUGAUAAUCGCGGAGUUGAGGCAUCGGUUGUGGACACAUUUGUCAAGUCAUGCGCUGGUUAUUGUGUUAUUACAUAUGUACUAGGUGUAGGUGAUCGUCAUCUGGAUAACCUGUUAGUAACACCGGAUGGGCAUUUUUUCCACGCAGAUUUUGGUUAUAUUUUAGGGCAGGACCCUAAACCAUUCCCACCACUUAUGAAAUUACCACCACAGAUAAUAGAGGCAUUUGGAGGAGCGGAGUCCCCAAAUUAUGAUAAGUUUAGAAACUAUUGUUUUGUCGCAUAUUCUAUUCUUCGUAGGAAUGCAGGAUUAAUCUUAAACCUAUUUGAAUUAAUGAAGACUUCAAGUAUUCCAGAUAUCAGAAUUGAUCCUGAUGGUGCAAUUCUGAAGGUCAAGGAAAGGUUUAACCUAGAUAUGUCGGAAGAGGAAGCUACAUUACAUUUCCAAAACUUAAUUAAUGAUAGUGUUAAUGCCCUAAUGCCAAUUGUAAUCGAUCAUCUCCACAAUUUUGCGCAAUACUGGAGAACAUAA